ACCUUCAGUCUAUUACAUGCAAAGCUCAAGAAAACAAAAUGCAAGCAUAUAUCAGCCUUUUGGUGCUGUUGGGAAUAAUCUAUUCAACAAUCGCGGCGUCGACUUCGUUUCAGACUAUAAAUGUGUUUGGAGAAGGAGGGGCUGGAGGAGGAGCCCCUUUAGUUCAUCAUGCUGGAAAUAAUGAAGAUUGGAGCGAUAGUGUUCACGAUUCCGACACCGAUAAAAUUUUGAGAGAGCUCGGAAAACUGGAUAAUAAUCGUGAUAACAGCAACAAUUUUGGCAACUCAGACGCAUCGGACUUUGGAUUCGAUACGGACAAGCUCGGAGGGGAUUCAGAAGAAAGGAGAAGAGGAUUCCAAUUCAUACAGUUUGGAUAAUAGACCUUUAUAAAGUAACUCUAAGGAAGCUGUAAAUAUUGAAAACAAAUAAAUUGGCUUCUUGACAUCAACAA